GGAACUGAGUCCAGGGUCUGCGGAGGCAGGGGAUAGAUAGUACCUGAAAACAGCAUUCUGGAUUUGAAGAUUUUAUUGAGUGAUUGAUUGCACAUCUUAUUUGCCUGUUUUAUGUUUGUGUACUUAAUUUCUAUCCUUCUCAAUUCCGCAGGGAAUUAAUUGAUAUAAAUAGCCCCAUAUGAAAUACUUGCAGGAUAACUCUUAAUACAUGAAUUUCAAACAUGCUGCUUUCCAAGUUCAGCUAAAUACACCUCUUCCUAUAUCAUUGCAGAGUUCAUUCUUCAAAACUGAAAAGAGAUUGCAAAUUUCUCUAAUCUUUACACACUUGAUUAAAAGAAAUGGUGACAAAGAUUGAGUCAAUGAAGGAUUUGAUUACUUCUGUGAUAAACCAUGGCCAAGGGUAUUGUCUGGGCUCAUUUUCAUAAUAUUUUGAAAUUGGUGUUCAGUCAUAGCUUUCUACACAAUCAUGGACAUGCUUAUUACAGAUGUGUUCAUUACGUGUCUCCAUGAAAAUCACUGUGGUUUUAUUUCUUUACUUAGAGCCAGUAGUUGUUUUAAUUGGUGUAUGUUAAAUACAUGUCCUGAAGUAUAUGUACAUCUUGAUCAUGUUCUCUUCCAGAAACAGCUUUUUUGGAAACUCAGUUUUAAAAAACAUUGGCCCCUAAAUUGUCAGCAUCAUCUUAAAAAGCAAAGGAUUUUCCUUCUUCAUCUGUUUGUAUGCCUAUUCUAGCACCUUACACAUGCCUCUGUUACAGUGUUUGUCAGAUUGAUUUAUGAUGUUGGUUAGGAUCUCAAAGAAAGCUUGAAUACCGUCCUUCAUAUGUUCCUCACAGCCCAACACUAAGAAAGAAUAUUCUGAAAGUACUUUAUUGAAUAAACAGUGUUGAAGAUGAAGCUGUGGAUAAAAACGUUUUCAAAGAGUGCAGCAAGAUUGCUUUCUACAGAAAUACUUUUACAUGGUUCAAAAAUCAAAUACUAUGAAAAGAAACACAUUGAAGAGUUACUCUCAUUCCUGUCCCCUUUCACACCACUCUACACCUUCCCCGCGUCAGAAACAGCUGCUCUCCAAGAAGUCUACCUAUCGAGCAUUACUGGACUCAGUCACAACAGGCAAAGACAGUGCCAGGUUCCAAAUCAUCAACGAACCAGCAAAGGUUCCACUCCUGGCUGAAGUUUGUGGCAUAGAGGGAAAUAUUUUCAGACUUAAAAUCAAUGAAGAAAUACCCUUGAAACCUAGGUAUGAAGUUUCUGAUGUCCUCACAAGCAAGCUAACCACUGUAAGGCUGACUUCUUGCCCAGGGGAUACAGGCAGUCUGGUGUUGGCAAGUGGAAAAGGAGAUCUGAAGUGUCACAUCAUGGCAAACCCAUUCAAGGUUGACUUGGUAUCUGAAGAAGAGGUUGUAAUGAGCAUAAACUCCCUGGGCCAAUUGUACUUUGAGCAGCUGCAGAUUCCUCCCAAGCAAAGAGUUACCAAGAAAAAUGAGAAGGAUGCAUCCGUUGACGCCACUCAGGAAAAUCAAGAGGAACUGGGCCUGUGGGAGGAGAAAUUUGAAAAUUUUGUGGAUGUCAAAGUUAAUGGUCCUGCCUCCAUUGGUUUGGAUUUCUCUUUGCAUGGUUUUGAGCAUCUCUAUGGAAUCCCGCAACAUGCUGAAUCACACCAACUUAAAAACACAAGUGAUGGUGAUGCUUACCGUCUUUAUAACCUAGAUGUCUAUGGAUAUAAAAUACAUGACAAAAUGGGCAUUUAUGGUUCAGUGCCUUAUCUCCUGGUCCACAAACUGGGCAGAACUCUAGGCAUUUUUUGGCUAAAUGCCUCAGAAACACUAGUGGAGAUCAAAACAGAACCUGCUGUAAAGUACACACUGACCCAGACGGGCCCAGUUGCUGCUAAACAAAAGGUCGGGUCUCGAACUGAUGUGCACUGGAUGUCAGAGAGUGGAAUCAUUGAUGUUUUUCUGUUGACAGGACCUACUCCUUCUGAUGUCUUCAAGCAGUAUUCAUACCUUACAGGCACACAAGCCAUGCCCCCUCUCUUUUCUCUGGGGUACCAUCAGUGCCGCUGGAACUAUGAAGAUGAGCAGGAUGUAAAGGCAGUGGAUGCAGGAUUUGAUGAACAUAACAUUCCUUAUGAUGUCAUGUGGCUGGACAUAGAGCACACAGAGGGCAAGAGGUACUUCACCUGGGACAAGAAAAGAUUCCCAAACCCCAAAAGGAUGCAAGAUCUGCUCAGGAGCAAAAAACGUAAGCUUGUGGUCAUUAGUGACCCCCACAUCAAGGUUGAUCCCAACUACUCAGUGUAUGCUAAGGCCAAAGAACAGGGCUUCUUUGUGAGGAAUCAUGAAGGAGGAGACUUUGAAGGUGUAUGCUGGCCUGGUCUCUCCUCUUACCUGGAUUUCACCAACCCCAAAGUCAGAGAGUGGUAUUCUAGUCUUUUCGCUUUCUCUGUUUAUCAGGGAUCUACUGACAUCCUCCACAUAUGGAACGACAUGAAUGAGCCCUCUGUCUUUAAAGGCCCGGAGCAAACCAUGCAGAAGAAUGCCAUUCAUCACGGCAACUGGGAGCACCGGGAACUUCACAACAUCUAUGGCUUUUAUCAGCAAAUGGCCACUACAGAAGGACUGAUCCAGCGAUCUAAAGGAAAGGAGAGACCCUUUGUUCUUACACGUUCAUUCUUUGCUGGAUCACAAAAAUAUGGUGCUGUGUGGACAGGUGAUAACACAGCAGAGUGGAGUUACCUGAAAAUUUCUAUCCCUAUGUUACUUACCCUCAGCGUGACUGGGAUCUCUUUUUGUGGAGCGGAUGUAGGUGGCUUCAUCGGGGAUCCAGAGGCAGAGCUGCUAAUGCGGUGGUACCAGGCAGGAGCCUACCAGCCCUUCUUCCGUGGCCAUGCCACCAUGAACACCAAGCGACGGGAGCCCUGGCUCUUUGGGGAGGAGCACACUCGGCUCAUCCGAGAAGCCAUCAGAGAGCGCUACACCCUCCUGCCCUACUGGUAUUCUCUGUUCUACUCUGCACAUGUGGCUUCUCAACCUGUCAUGAGGCCUCUGUGGGUAGAGUUCCCUAAUGAAUUAGAGACUUUUAGUGUGGAAGAUGAAUACAUGCUGGGAGGUGCUUUAUUGGUUCAUCCAGUCACAGAACCAAAAGCUACUGUUGUUGAUGUGUUUCUGCCAGGGUCAAGUGAGAUUUGGUAUGACUCUAAGACAUUUGCUCACUGGAAAGGAGCAUGUACAGUAAAGAUCCCAGUAACCUUGGACGCUAUACCAGUGUUUCAACGUGGUGGAAGUGUGGUACCAAUAAAGACCACUAUAGGAAGAUCCACAGGCUUCAUGAGUGAUUCCCCAUAUGGACUCCGAGUGGCUCUAAGCACUAAGGGUUCUGCCAUGGGUGAAUUCUAUCUCGAUGAUGGGCAUUCUUUCCAAUACCUCCACCAGAAGCAAUUCUUGCACAGGAAAUUUUCAUUUUCCUCAGGUGUUUUGACCAACAGUUGUGCUGACGAGAGGGGUCAUUAUCCCAGCAAGUGUGUGGUGGAGCAGAUCUUGGUCCUAGGCCUCAAGAAGCAGCCAUCUUCUGUGACUGCCCACUCAGCUGAUGGCAGCGCUCAGCCUGUGGCUUUUACGUACCAUGCCACAACAUCCACCCUGAAGCUGGAGACGCUCUCGCUGAACAUUGGUGUGGACUGGAAGGUGCGCGUCCAGUGACGGAGCAGUGCGCCUGGUGGCAGAGCCAGGAGCAGCGGCACCUCUCCGCCUUCCCUGGGGCCUUUUAUGCAAUUCGUGCCACAUGCUAAUUGACUUCUCUGGCUUAAAGUCAGCUUUCAUUAGUCACAGUUUAUUAGUGAACAGUAGAUUUCAGAUUUUUCAGAUGUUACAUUCUUAGACAUGCUGGGAAUCAUACUCUUGGUAUCACACACCACUUCGACAUGCAAGUGGCCCAGAGACAUUUAUAGCAUUCACAGACCUCGCAUUGCUCCUUGGGCCAUGGCCUGGGGUAUGUGCCGUGGCCCAGUGGGGAGCUUCUCUUUGAGCACAGCUGGGUGAGUUUGUUUCAAGUGAUAGGUGGGCCGAGCCCACCUUGUGGCCCAUUUGUGAAAGCUCGUCUCAGUCCAUGUGGCCAAGCCACUCCAGCUCCAGCAGCUGAGCUGCUCAAGGUCUCUCUUGAAGUGGACAGUGGCCUCUGGUAACCACCUCCCCCCACAGAUCUCUUUUACCCACUUAGACAUGGGCAAGGCAAUCCUUUUCUACUUGCACUAUAUGUACUGCAGCAACAGGGAGUUACUCUACCUUACAGACUGAAAAGCUGGCUUAAAACUCAAUAUUCAGAAAACUAAGAUCAUGGCAUCUGGUCCCAUCAUUUCAUGGCAAAUAGAUGGGAAAA